UCUCCGCAUGAUCCAAAGGGUUGCGCGGUGGUUGAGUUUAGAACUGAAGAACUGAUGAAGAAGGCUGUGGAUAAAGUCAAUAAACACAACAUGAAUGGACGUCCUUUGAAAGUGAAAGAGGACCCGGAUGGAGUGAUUGCCCAGCGUGAAGCCCACAGGUCUCAAGGUGGGGGUGGAGGACCUCCUGGUGGUAUGGGGGGAGGUAUGGGUAUGGGACCUGGACCUGGUGCUCCCCCAAUGGUCAACAUCCCGCCGAGUCUCUUGAACAAUCCAAAUAUUCCUAAUGAGAUCAUCCAUGGCCUUCAAGCUGGCAAGAUAGGAAGCACAGUUUUUGUGGCAAAUCUUGAUUAUAAGGUGGGCUGGAAGAAGCUGAAGGAGGUGUUCAGCAUGGCUGGGGUGGUCAUCCGCACCGACAUCCUAGAGGACAAAGAUGGCAAGAGCAGGGGCAUGGGAACGGUCACCUUUGAAAUGCCUAUUGAAGCUGUGCAAGCAGUCUCCAUGUUCAAUGGCCAGCUCCUGUUCAAUCGAACCAUGCAUGUUAAGCUGGACGAGAAGUCUAUGCCCAAGGGUGACUUUGCUCCCCCUGAGAGACCACCUGCACUACCCCGUGGUCUGAGUGGUAUUGGUCUGGGAUUGGGGCCUGGUGGACAACCCAUUGAUGCUACACAGCUGAACCGUGGUGGAGGGAUGAACAACAUGGGGCCUGGAGGAAUGGAUGGGAUGGGAUUUGGUGGCAUGGGUAGAAUGGGAGGAAUGGAUAAUUUUGGAGGUGGGAUGAACAACAUGGAUCGUUUUGGGCCAUCUGGAAUGGGGAGGAUGAAUGACAUGGAUCGUGGCAUUGGGGCUGCCUUUGACAGAGAAUUUGGUGGCCGCAACGAGAUGGGCAUGUCCCGCAAUAAUUUUGGAGACUCUUUUGACCGAGGAAUGGGUAACUCCAUGGGAAUGGAUCGCAUGAGUUCUGGCAUGGACCGGCUCGGUGCCAACAUGGAUCGCAUGGGCAGCCUGGACAGAAUGGGGAUGGAUCGCAUGGACCGUGUGUCUGACCUGGACAGGAUGGGUUCUGGCUUUGAUCGUAUGGGUUCAGGCAUGGACCGACUGGGACCCAGCAUGGACCGACUGGGAUCUGGCCUGGACCGUAUGGGCUCUGGCAUGGACCGCCUGGGUCCUUCCAGUUUUGACCGUCUGGGCCCAUCCAGCCUGGAGCGCAUGAGUGCAGGCAUGGAUUUUGCCUCACCAAUGGGCAUGGACCGAAUGAAUGCUGCUCUCGAACGCAUGGGGUCCAACUAUGAGCGUGUAGCUUCGGGUGGGUUGGAUCGCUUCCCAGCCCCAGGAAUGGACCGCAUGGGUUCCAGCAUUGAUCGCAUCGACCGCAUGGGCUCAGCUGGUGCGGGAGGGCAGUUUGAUCGAGGUGCAGAUAUGGAUCGUGGUAACUUUGGCAGCUUCGGUUCAGCGGGACAAGGAGGGCCAGGAGCUGGAGCCAAUGCCAGAAAGGGUUGCCAGAUCUUUGUCAGAAAUCUGCCAUUUGAUUUUACCUGGAAGAUGCUGAAGGAUGCCUUCAAUUCAUGUGGUAUUGUGCAGUAUGCUGAUAUCAAGAUGGAGAAUGGCAAGUCCAAGGGUUGUGGUGUGGUUCGCUUUGACAGUCCUGAAACAGCGGAGCGUGCCUGCCGCACCAUGAACGGCUAUCGACUGAAUGGCAGAGAGAUUGAUGUGAGGAUCGACAGAAACGCGUAAUCCACCAGUGAUCCUUUCCCUGUCCACUUUCUCCACCUCUAUACAGAGCUUUCCAUGUUUUUGUUCAUCACAUUUCUACUAGUGUGAAACUGGUGCCGUUUUAGUUUUUGCUUGCUUAAGUUUUUAGAGAACAAAUUUUUAUUUUUCUUACCCUCCCCACUUUUUAUCCUUAUGCUACUCUGAAAUGACAAUAAAUGUCAAACGUUGAGAUGUUGCUGUUUGGGUGUUUUUCUAUGACUUGUAUACUUCUGUAACAGCAGAAGAAUUGUAGCUGCUAAUCUUUUAAAAGUGAAAGACCUGCAGCAGUAAGUUGCUUUUGAACAUUUACUUUACAAAUUUUGAGUUUUAAGGAGGAAAAACAAUAUGUAUGCAACUGUGAAUCUCUGAACCCUAGAACUUGUGUGUUUAGACUUUCCAACAAGUCAGAGUGGCUUAAGGUGCAGUGUUUGCAAUAAAUACUGCAGAUGUAUCAAACAAAAUCUUUUCUUCUUUUUUUUAAAUAAAAAUUGUGGAUUACA